GGCCAGGAUUGCCCAAUGAGGAGCGGAGUAGCACAGUGUGGCCCGCCUCCGGAAGUGAGACAACGACUGCCCCGCUGGCCAUGCGGAAGUGAGGCGAUGGCGGAGCUGUACGUGAAGCCGGGGAACAAGGAUAGAGGCUGGAAUGACCCUCCACAAUUCUCUUAUGGGUUGCAGACCCAGGCUAGCAGUAAUAAGAGGACACCACUCACCAAGCGGGUAGCAGCUCCCCAGGAUGGUUCUCCAAAAGUGCCUGCUUCAGAGCCUUUUACUGGGGCUCCUCCAGUAGGACCACCACCUCUCCUAACCAAGGCUCCAGGGCCUCCUCCUGGGGGGAGCUCUUCUCCUUUGAGGUUGGAACCUUCCAGCUCCCCAGUCACUUGUGAAACCAUGCUGGAAGAUGUGCUGGGACCCUUGGAACAGGCUUUGGAGGAUUGCCGGGCUCAUACACAGAAACAGGUCUUUGAUGACAUCAGCCGGCGCUUAGCUUUGCUUCAGGGACAGUGGAAGAGUGAGAAGCUGUCAGUUCCUGUGAGGAAGAGGAUGGCACUGCUGGUACAAGAGCUCAGGAGCCACAACUGGGAUGGAGCCGAUGACAUACAUCGAUCACUGAUGGUGGAUCACGUGACUGAGGUCAGUCAGUGGAUGGUGGGAGUGAAAAGGUUAAUUGCAGAAAGGAGGAGUCUGCCUUCUGGGGAAGCUGCUAAGGAGGAGCCCACUACAACAGAGGAGAAUGAGGAGGUCUCAGGCCUCUCUACAACUCUGUGACCAUCUAUUUUCUUCCUCCCCCUUCUGCCCCUCUCUCCAGUCUUCCCCACUGGCCUAGCCCUUGAACUCUCUCUGAAUGGGGCCUGAUGGGGUUUGGGGUCCAGGGAUUUAUGUUGGCUUGGCUUCCUUGAUACCAGCAAGAGAUAGGCAGUUGGAAGAAGGGAAGAGAGGUUCUCCUUUAGUAGAGAAACUGCUUCAACUCUAAAUGGGACUUUGGCCUGGCUCUGGGGAGGCAAGACUGUAUAGGCAGUUCAUUGGUUGCUUCUGACAUAUGCAAAUAAAUAAAAACAUCUUGUUCAGUGGUA